AUGCUUUUCAAAGCUUUGCUUGUGUUCUUCCUCCUCCUCUUCCCAUUUUGCACAUCCAUUGACACCAUAGCAGUGAACCAGCAUGUGAAAGAUGGUGACUUUAUAGUGUCCAAAGAAAACAACUUUGAAUUAGGCUUCUUCAGCCCCGGCAAUUCGAGCUCUCGCUAUGUUGGAAUUUGGUAUGCUAAUAAGUCUGACAAGGCAGUGGUUUGGGUUGCAAACAGAAACAACCCCAUCAAUGAUACCUCUGGCGUCCUCACCAUCAACAGGUAUGGAAAUUUGGUUAUUUAUGCACACGAUAUUGACAGCUUUUCUAUUUGGUCCGCAAAUGUGUCUCUUCAAACCACAAGCACUUCUGUAGCUCAGCUUUUAGAUACAGGAAAUUUAGUGCUUUUCCCGGAUAGUACUAGUAAAAGUGAAAGCUUUAUAUGGCAGAGUUUUGACUACCCUACAGAUACUCUACUUCCCGGAAUGAAAGUUGGGUUGAAUUGGAAAAUUGGGUUGGAAUGGGUCUUAACAUCUUGGAAGUCCCAAAAUGACCCUGGAACUUGGAACUAUAGCUUGAGGCUCUUUUCAAACCAGACUGCUACGCCCCAAUAUUUUCUGUAUAAGGGUGUGAGCAAAUAUUGGAGAAUUGAUCCAGGGCCGUGGCCCGAUUUUGUGAGUAGUAAUGAAGAAAUGUAUUUUUUGUUUGUGACUGAUAACACCUCUGUAAUUAGAUGGGUGUUGACGGAUUAUGGGUUCAAUCAACAACUGAGAUGGAGUGACGCUGUUAAUCAAUGGGAGGAACUAUGGGCUGCACCAAAAUACCGGUGUGACCAAUAUGGACAGUGUGGUGCCAACAGCAAAUGUAGCCCUGACAACGUUAAUAUGUUUGAGUGUGAGUGUCUACCAGGGUACGAACCAAAAUCUUUGAAUGAUUGGAACAGGAGAGAUGGGUCAGAGGGGUGUGUUAGUAAGCGAAUUGGGCUGCCAGAAUGUGGGAAUGGGGAAGGGUUUGUGAAGGUGGCACGGGUGAAAGAGCCAGACACAACAAAAGCAGCACAAUUGUUGACAAGUAUUAGUGCCAAUCAGUGUGAGCAGGUGUGCUUAAGCAAUUGUUCCUGCACCGCGUAUAUGAGCAUAGAAGGGGAAGGCCGCAUUGAUUGCUUGGUAUGGUAUGGUGAGUUGCUGGACAUUUUAGUCCGCACAGAGCUAGGACAAGAUCUGUAUGUUCGUGUGGACAAAAUGGAAUUAGCUGAGAAUACCAGAAAAUCGAAAGGUUUUCUCAAAAGGAGGGUUUUGCUGGCUAUUCUAAUAGUGGCUGUUCUUCUGGCAUUGGUACUAAUCAUUGUGUUUGCCUGCUGGUGGCUUAAUAAAAAGAGGAAGAUAAAAGCUACAGACAACUUCUCUCCUGUCAAUAAACUUGGCCAAGGUGGUUUUGGCACUGUUUAUAAGGGUCAGCUACCAAAUGAUCAGAAGAUUGCUGUAAAAAGACUCUGCAAAACUUCAGGACAAGGAAUUAAAGAAUUCAAAAAUGAAGUUGCGCUGAUUGCCAGACUUCAACACAGGAAUCUUGUGAAACUUUUAGGAUGCUGUAUACAGGGAGAGGAUAGGAUGUUAGUCCUUGAAUACUUGCCAAACAAAAGCUUGGACUUCUUUGUUUUCGAUCACUCAAGAAGGUCCUUGUUGGAUUGGAAAAAGCGGUUUGAAAUUAUCAAUGGGGUUGCUCGUGGGGUUCUGUAUCUUCACCAGGAUUCAAGGCUUAGGAUUAUCCACAGGGAUCUAAAAACCAGCAAUGUUCUUCUAGAUGCUGAGAUGAACCCAAAAAUUUCAGAUUUCGGAAUGGCAAGAAUAUUCCAUGGGGACCAACUGCAGGAUAAAACCAACAGAGUUGUUGGAACAUAUGGAUAUAUGUCACCAGAGUAUGCAGUGUUUGGAAGAUAUUCAACCAAAUCAGAUGUCUUUAGUUUUGGGAUCAUAUUAUUGGAGAUUGUGGGUGGCAAGAAAAACAAUGGCUCUUAUCAAGAGGACCAUUCCAUGAACUUGAUAGGACAUGUGAGCAACACAAACUUUGUCAACAAUUUCCCCUUCCUGGUUACUACUCAUAUUCAUCCCUUUCUGAAAAUGUUACUGUCAACAACUACAGGUUGGCAGCUGUGGAGAGAAGAUAGAGCCUUAGAAAUUGUGGAUUCAUCACUACAGUCAUAUCAUUCUGAUGAAGUCUUGAGAUGCAUUCAAGUCGGGCUCUUGUGCGUGCAAGAAGAUUCAGAGGACCGACCAACCAUGUCAGCCGUUGUAUUUAUGUUGAGUGGUGAAGCAUCUCUACCAUCUCCUCAGCAGCCUGCAUUUGUAUUCAGAAAAAGUUCCCGCAGUGGUGGUUAUCUAUCAAGUUCACAAGGAUUAUAUUCUGUUAAUGACUUGACAAUAACUAAAAUUGACGCUCGAUAA